CGUACGCCGAUACUCGCCCAGAUAGGCGGAGUCAGCACGCGAUAAAUGGCUUCCUUCGCCGGACGACCUGCUUUAACCGGGCUUCCAAGACCGUCACAGAUACAAGACCCGUCUCAGUAUACAUAAGCAACUGCGAACAACCAUUGAGUAGCUCUUUUUUAGGUCCACAUCCAUUAUAGCAACUAAAGUAAACUCCACCUCCUUCAAGGCCUUACAUCACACCCGAACGCCCCGGGUAUGCAUAACGAGUGCACCCAUUGUGAUUUUUAGCGGCUGCUUCAUGUUAGCUGGUUGUUGACCAUCUUUCCAACCAGAUUCAUGUGAAACGUUUUGCUGUAACAAUGAUCGCGGGCACUUAAUGGUUAAUUAGAAAAUAUUACAAGGGCUGAAAUGGAUAGCAGACUGCAAGAGAUUCGCGAGCGACAAAAACCAAGGCGGCAGCUUUUAGCACAACUGCUGGGAGCUGAAAGCGCAGACAGUAUCGGAUCUAUCCUGAACAGUAGAGAUGAACUGAAAGAGAUAGAGGAGACAAGAGAAACAUGCAGGGCUUCAUUUGAUAAUUUAGUCCCACCUUCUAAAAGGAAACCUCAGACGGAGGGAGAGGACACAGAGGAGGAUGUAGAAGAACAAAAAGAUGAAGUGGAGGUGCAACAGCUGGAUGAAAGCAACCCAUAUGAAGAGGUGUACAAAGACUCAAGUACUUUCCUUAAGGGCACCCAGAGUUUGAACCCUCACAAUGACUACUGUCAGCAUUUUGUGGACACUGGGCACAGGCCACAAAACUUCAUUAGAGAUGUUGGCUUGGCUGACCGAUUUGAAGAAUACCCUAAACUUCGAGAGCUGAUUAGACUAAAGGAUGAACUCAUUUCCAGCACCAACACUCCUCCCAUGUACCUCCAGGCUGACCCAGAACACUUUGACCUGCAGGAUCUGAAGUGCAAGUUCGAUGUAAUUCUGCUCGAGCCUCCCUUAGAGGAAUACUACAGAGAAUCAGGCAUUAGCCACACUGAACGUUUCUGGACCUGGGAUGAUAUCAUGAAACUGGAAAUUGAAGAGAUAUCAGCUCUACGCUCCUUUGUUUUUCUCUGGUGUGGCUCUGGUGAGGGUCUGGACUUGGGCAGAAUGUGUUUGAGGAAGUGGGGCUUUAGGCGGUGUGAGGAUAUCUGUUGGAUCAAGACCAACAAGAAUAACCCUGGCAAGACCAAGACACUGGAUCCAAAAGCAGUAUUCCAGAGGACCAAGGAACACUGCCUAAUGGGAAUCAAAGGAACAGUUCGUAGGAGUACUGAUGGUGAUUUCAUCCAUGCCAACGUGGACAUUGACUUGAUCAUCACUGAGGAGCCUGAGAUGGGAAAUGUAGAAAAGCCUGUGGAGAUCUUCCACAUCAUUGAGCAUUUCUGUUUGGGCCGCAGGAGGCUCCACCUGUUUGGACGAGACUCGACCAUCAGACCAGGCUGGUUGACAGUGGGGCCUACUUUGACAAAUAGUAACUUUAACCCAGAGACCUAUGCCUCACAUUUUGCCUUGCCAAACUCCAACCUGUCUGGAUGCACUGAGGAAAUAGAGAGGCUGCGUCCCAAAUCUCCUGUUAAACUGAAGUCGGAACGUGGUGGCGGACCACCCAGAGGGGGACGUGGUGGGCCUAAUGUAGGAAGAGGCGGGGACAGAGGCCGUGAAAGAAACCGACCAAGUUUCCGUGGGGACAGAGGAGGGUUCAGGGGGAGGGGAGGGCUACAUAGGGGAUUUCCACCUCGCUAGGGCAAAGAACUCGUACCAACCAGACUGAUGCUAGGAAUUGCCAUCUGCAGUGUAUCAAAACACGACUCUUUGUAAUGUGGUUGCUACGGGUAAAUUGUGACAGCUGAGAAGUUGGUGUGAAGAGUCUUUGUGAAUCUUUUUGGUUUUUCAUGGAUAUCCUUUACAUUGGAUGGAUAUUGUCUGCAUAAACAUUGUUUUUACUA